AAGUGGAUACGAGAAACGGGGCACCAAUUCUCACUGAGGAUGAGGCUGUGUCUGAAGUUUUGCAGCUUCUCAAUGCGAACAUGCUCUCUCUUUCCCCGCAGCGAAACGGGGGGUCCACUCAUAGAGCAGUAUUACAGAGUCUACGCCCCGAGUAAAAGCGACGGCGGUACCGCUAGCACCAGCAGUAGCAGCUACCCAAGCGUAGAGCUCGACCGUGGCAGUGGGAGCGAGACGAGCAGUGACAACCCAAGCUCUCCUCGUCCUGGGAUCUUCCAGUCCUGUUUUUCCAAGUCUUCCAAGUCGCUCAGUGAUUCCUAUCUGCCCAAAGAGCUCACAAUGUCUAAAAAAAUCAAUGGAGGCUCUGUGGUUGAGAUGCAAGGGGAUGAAAUGACCCGUGUGAUAUGGGAGCUGAUUAAGGAGAAGCUGAUCUUUCCCUACCUGGACCUGGAUCUUCACAGCUAUGAUUUGGGCAUUGAAAAUCGUGAUGCAACAGAUGAUAUGGUUACAGUGGAAGCUGCUAAAGCUAUAAAGAAAUACAAUGUAGGAAUCAAGUGUGCCACAAUCACCCCUGAUGAGAAGCGUGUAGAAGAGUUCAAGCUAAAACAGAUGUGGAAAUCACCUAAUGGAACCAUUCGAAACAUUUUGGGGGGCACUGUCUUCAGGGAAGCCAUUAUCUGCAAAAACAUCCCCCGAUUAGUGUCUGGAUGGACAAAACCCAUUAUUAUUGGCCGCCAUGCUUAUGGUGACCAAUACAGAGCUACAGAUUUUGUGGUUCCUGGCCCUGGAAAAGUAGAGAUGACAUACACACCAGUGGAUGGAAGCAAACCUGUAACUUAUUUGGUCCAUAAUUUUGAAAGCUGCGGAGGUGUGGCUCUGGGGAUGUAUAACCUUGACCAAUCCAUCAAGGACUUUGCCCACAGUUCUUUCCAGAUGGCAUUGUCUAAAGCCUGGCCUCUCUACAUGAGCACCAAAAAUACCAUUUUGAAAAAAUACGAUGGGCGCUUUAAGGAUAUCUUUCAGGAAAUCUACGACAAAGAGUACAAGUCAAAGUUUGAGGCCAAAAACAUCUGGUAUGAGCAUCGACUAAUUGAUGACAUGGUGGCUCAAGCACUAAAGUCUGAGGGAGGAUUUAUCUGGGCAUGCAAGAACUAUGAUGGUGAUGUGCAGUCUGACUCAGUUGCCCAAGGUUAUGGAUCUUUGGGGAUGAUGACAAGUGUCCUGAUAUGCCCCGAUGGCAAAACUGUUGAGGCUGAAGCUGCUCAUGGCACAGUGACUCGUCACUAUCGCCUGCAUCAGAAAGGCCAAGAGACCUCCACUAAUCCCAUAGCAUCCAUCUUUGCCUGGACCAGAGGUCUAGCUCAUAGAGCAAAAUUAGAUAACAACAAAGAUCUCCAGAACUUUGCUUCAGUCUUGGAGGAUGUCUGUGUAGAGACAAUCGAAGCUGGUUUCAUGACAAAAGAUUUGUCUGCUUGCAUUAAAGGGCUGCCUAAUGUGAAACGCUCUGAUUAUUUGAACACAUUUGAAUUCUUGGAUAAACUUGCUGAAAACCUGAAGACAAAAUUAUCUUCUCAGCCAAGAUUGUAAGAGCUGGGCUUGAAGUAUUUGCUCUGGAAAGACAACUGUCUCGUGGAUGGAUGAAUGACUAUAUUAUGUAUUAUGUAUAUACAUACAUAUAUACACAUACAUAGAAGAAAUAAGGGUAGCACUUCAAAAAGUAAGAAAUCAACCUGAACCUUGUAAUGAUCAAAGUCUCUCACCCUCUAGCUUUCUGUAAUGUUAAGAGAGGGAAAGGUAACAGCAGAACCGAUGUUUCUCUCUAUGGAAAAUAGCUUUUUCCUGGUCAGGAAUUAGGGGAAUUAAUAUUUGUUUAAGGGGAAUGGGCUCUAAAUUAAGUCAUGUUUAAGAAUUUUACUUUCUAAUUCAUUAGGUUAUAUACAAAAUGCAGAAGAUCCUUCUGACAAACCAUUUUAAUGAAACUGAAAAACAUCCAGCUUGAUAUGGGUAAUGCUCUAAGAGGAUUUUAAUUACUUGUGGUGGGGAAGAAGGGAAAAAUAUUUUACAGGAAACUUUAUUAUGACAUAUAGCCUUGUACACAGUACAGGCAGAAACAAUCCUUUCAUUUCCUUACAUCUGGGAGUUGACUAAAGAGAAAGAAAAGCUGCUUUCUGCUUACACAUGUAGGUUAAGAUGGAGCAUUUCAAACUAACUUGUCACCCAAUUUGGAUUGGUGCUAGCAUUGGUUUUUAAAGCAGGAAAUAAACACUAAUACCCA